AUGAUAUAGGAAGUAAGCCAAAAUAUUUUAUCUUUUUUAUUUAUCUUAAUCUAAUAACAUAAUAAGAAAUGGAAAAUCAAGGCGAAUGAUAUUCAUGAUUUUAGUUAGUUGUUUAAAUUAUAUAUAUACAUAAAUCCUUUCCUGAAUGAAUAAUUCCAUAAGAUUAUCAACAUGUUGAAAUUUAAAAAUAAAUUGAAGUUCUGAAAAUUUUUACUCUGCAUUCUAAUUGCAAAAAAGAUCUAAAAGGAUUUGGUUAAAUUUAAAGUCUUAUCAAGAAAUUUCAUUAGAAUAUACUUGAUUUAGCAACAUAAUUGAACAAAUCCUUUGCAUAAGUGAAAAUAAAAUAUGAAGAAUUCUAAAAAUAAUUGGAGAAUAUGCAAACAUAAUUAGUGAAGAUAUCUGAAUGUUUAAGUCAAUAACAUUAUUAAUAAAUGAAAGCCAACUUGUAAGUGAUAAAAGAAUUGUAUCAAUAUUUAAACAAUUAAGAGGAGAUUAUGAAGUAGAAUUAAAUUGGUAUUUUAUAUUAGUAUUAUUUAUAGGAACUUAACUAGUUAGAAUAAAAUUAGUGGUUUAAGCAUUGGAUUUAGAUAAAGGAUAAUAAUGCAAAUUAGAUAUUAAAUAAGAUAAUGAAAAUAUACUCAACUAAGGUAUUCUAGUGGUUAAAAUUAAAUUAGGAAUAUAAUUAAUUUAAAUGAAUCAAAAAAGUAAUCAUACUAGAUUAGUAGAAACGGCAGGAGGCUAAUCAAAAAAUUACCUAAUGCAUAAAAUUAGCAGAGAAACAAUAAUCAUUGGGAGUAUUCUUUAAAAUUAUUUGAUUAUAUAAUUAGGUAUUUGUUUAUAAAUUAAAUGAUUCUAUUUUUUAUAAUUGAAAUGAACUAACAGGAUAAGGAAGAAUUUUGAGAGAAUAGGCGAAAAAGAUUAAUAACAACUUGUAUGGAGAUCCAUUAGACUAUUCAGAUCAAGAAUUAAGGAAAACACAAGAAAAUACAUUUAUUUUUAUUGCAAAAAGUAAUUGAGAUAUUUAAUUUACAUAGGCUAUGCAUUAAACGAAGAAAACUAAUUUCAAUAGGCUAUUGAGUUCUGCAACAAGGUUUUAAGAGAGGAUCCUUAACAUCUUCACGCUUUGUAUAGAAAAAGUAAUCAUUUAUAUAACAAAAAGGCUAUUCUUUAGAUGAUUUGAAACAAUAUUCAUAAGCGAUUCUGUGUAUUGAAAUAGCUCUAAAAUUUCAUCCAAAGUAUUGUAUUGGUUAUUUAAAGAAAGGUGUUAUUAUUUGUUAAAGUAUUAGGGUAUUCCUUAGGGGAAGAGUGGAAAUAUAAAGAUGAAAUUGUAUGCUAUGACAAAGCAAUCCAACUAGAUCCAAAUUAUGCAAUGGCCUAUAAUAAUAAAGGUUUGAAAUAUUUUGAUUUUAUUAGGUAUUGCCUUACAAUACAAAUAGGUUGAUUAGAAAAUCUUUACUAAAAUAUUGAUGCAAUUGUUUGCUAUGAUAAAGCAAUUCAAAUAGAUUCAAAAGAUGCAAGUGCCUAUUUUAAUAAAGGUUUGAAAUGUCUUGAUUGUAAUAGGGGAUGUAUUAACAAAAAUCAAGAAUUACUCUUCAUCUCUAAAGAAUUAUGAGUAGGCAAUCUUAUAUUGCCAAUCAGUUUAAGAUAAAUUUAAACGUUUAAUUAUGGAAUUAAAAAUAAAAAGUGAAUACUUAUAUAUGUCAUUACCACAAUAUAAGUGUUUGA